UUGCCGGAAGAGUAUCCGAGCGCGCCAGCGGCCUACACACACACACACACACACACACACACACACACACACACACACAGCAGAUGGAGCCUGAGCGCGGCCGACGCGAUAAAGAGGCGUGACUGGGACCAGGCGUCAGUGGCGGUCGCCGCGGCAUCCAGAAUGGACGUGUACAACUCGCUCCCCGACGUAUUCACGUACCACUCGCUCAAGCACAGCGGAUACGAGUACACUUGGACGACACAGCAGGAUCACAAAGGCAACAAAGCAUCUGCAGCGACAAAUAAAAACAAGGCUUCUUGUUCUGGAGCAAAAGCAUCGAAGGAGCCAUGUCCUAUAUGUCAAGAAAAGCAACGCAGACCUCUGUCCACCUACAUUAGAACUAAAUCUCGUCAAGAUCACAAAAAUGAUGCCUGUAUUGAGGAAGAGACUGAUAAUCCUGAACAACAUUCACAAAAAACAGCAGAAUUAAACAUUCAGGCACAGGAUCAGCACAAAGUCAAAUAAAAUCAUAGUUAAACUACCUCUGCAGGGGUUGUAAAUUUGUAUUUUAAUAUUGCUUGUACAUAAUUUUUUAGGAAUAUUAUUGAAUAAGACAAUUCCAGUAAUUUUAUUGUAGCACUGGAUAAUUAACAAUGCAAUGAAAUUUUA